AUGGAGAUUAACACUCUUGCUCGAGAAAGUUUGAUUAAUGCAGGUGGUGUCAUUGAAACAGCAUUUGCGCCAGGAAAAUAUUCUAUGGAGUUGAGCUCUGUUAUCUAUGACAAACAAUGGCGAUUUGACCUACAGGUAUUGCCAACUGACCUAAUCAAUAGACUACGUGAACCAUUACUAUAUGCUAGCUCAAGCGAGGUAGAGCGUGACGAAGAGCUACAAGCGUGGUGGACUGAGAUCAGAACCGUAGGUCAUGCUGACAAGAAGGACGCACCCGGGUGGCCGGACCUAAAGACGAAGCAAGACCUCAUAGACAUCGUCACCAACAUAGCAUGGACAACCUCCGCUCACCACGCAGCUGUCAACUUCGGACAGUAUGCUUACGCCGGUUAUUAUUCCUAA